AUGCUCACUCGGCCGAUCAUACGAGGCCGGAUCAGGAAGUGGACGAUGACAUUGUCCGAAUUCACCUGCCAAUAUAUGGCUCAGAAGUCGGUCAAAGGUCAGGCAUUGGCCGAUUUCUUGGCCCACCACCCGGCUCAGGGGCAAGAAGAAGAGUUGGAGGUCGAGAUCGACAUGGCCCGCAUGGAGAAGAAUUACUGGACCAUGUACUUCGAUGGCUCCAGUACCGAGACUAUAUCUGGGGCCGGGGUCGCUGAAUAUGAAGCACUCAUCAUCGUUCUUGAAAUUCUAAAAGGAAUGAAGGCGACCCGUGUCUUGGUCUACGGUGAUUCUCAGCUGGUAAUUAACCAACUGACCGGGGAAUACUAG